GUUAUGAUUGAGGAUUCAAUCUUUUGAGAAGAAACUUUGCAAAAGGGUGCCCCAAUAUUCAAUAGGACUAACCCCCCUCCCCCCACUCUCUUAUCCUCGAGGCAAUUCAAACCACUAGUUGCUGCUUUCUCCUAUGUUUCUGUCCUGCCGGGAUUUCUUGUUCGCGGGAGCACCAUGAGGGUAACGCCGUUACCGACCACGAACAUGACGGCUCUAAACUACACCGACGAUCCCAAGCUGGACAGAGCCAUGGUGGUGGUUCUUGCGUCUCUGCUAGGCGCGCUGCUGCUUGUGGUCGCAGUGAAUGCCAUCGUCCGCUGCAUUCUCCGGCGAAUUAGACGGCUUAGCCCCCCGGUUCCGGAGCCCGGCGCCGCGGCUCUGCCGCCGUCGACGGCGGCGGGGCUGAAGGAGGACGUUCUGGAGCAGAUUCCGGUGGUGGUUUACAAGUCGGAGGUGGAUAUCUUCGGCACGGAAUGUCCGAUUUGCCUGACGGAGUUUAAUGAAGGACAGAAUUUGAGGCUGCUGCCGAGGUGCAGCCAUGGAUUUCAUUUGAAGUGCAUUGAUUUGUGGCUUCUGUCGCACUCUUCUUGCCCAACUUGUAGGCGCCCAUUGCUUGAUGAUGAUGAUACUCCAUAAAUCCCUUAUUGUUUUACUUUCUAUUCAAUUCUAUUCUAUUCUAUUCAAUCUUUUCUUUAGUCGUGAUUUUCAAUGUUUCUAUUAAGAAUGUCUCUUUAACUUGUGUUAUAUGAUGUUUUUUGUAUUCAUUUGGAAGCAAAUGCUUAUAAUAAUACAUACAUGAAUCAAUACACACACUAGUUUA